AUGGAUUUGACUAUAAAAGAAGGAAUCCUUAAGAAAGAAGGAUUAAUUUCAAGGUUGAUGACAAUGAUCCAUCUUUAUCAUGUUGGAAGUUUCGUGAGUGUUGAACAACCAUGCUGUGGCAAAAAAGUGUUACUGAGAAAAACUGGAACACAACUAGCUUGA